UUCGUCGGGGCCAAUGUCUUUCUUUUUGUUCCUAAGUCUCUUGGUCCUCAUUCAGCCAGCUUUUCAGGUAUCAGAGAGUGACAGCUUUCUGAUAUAUAAUGAAAACCUCAAGCUUUGUAUGCAGUCUUGGAACACUCGUUCCAUCAUCCUGGACUACUGUGAUAAGAGUAAUGAGCAGCAAAAUUUUAGGUGGGUUUCCAACAGCCAUAUUUUGAACAUGGCGACAAAGUUAUGCCUGGCAGUGCCUUCCAAGUCAGACCAGGCCCGGGUCACACUCUCCUCCUGUAAUGAGACCAUUGAACUUCAGAAAUGGGAAUGCACAAAUGAUACAAAGAUCCUUGGACUUGAACUCCAAGAUUUGUUUGUAACUCCUGAGGGUGGUCAAAAAGGUCGUCUUAUGCUGUCUAAUAAAGCCACCAGCAAGAAUACCUGGAAGAUCUAUGGAACUGAAGACAAAUUGUGUUCUAAACACUAUGAAGCUCUGUAUACUAUAGAAGGCAAUGCCUUGGGAGCCCCAUGUAGAUUUCCAUUCAAGUAUCAGAAUAAAUGGUACGCUCAGUGCAUAAGAGAUGUUGACCAUCAUGGACAACUUUGGUGUGGAGCAACCGAAGAUGUGGAUAGAGACUCUUUAACUGGAUAUUGUCCAAUAAAAGAUGGCCAUGAUGAAUUUUUCUGGACCAGAAACCAUUGGACGGGGGAUCUGUAUCAGAUCAAUUCCUACUCAGCUCUAACAUGGUUCCAAGCAAGCAAAAGUUGCCAGCAACAGAAUGCAGAAUUAUUGAGCAUCACCGAUUUACAAGAACAAGCAUACCUGACAGGAUUAAUAAAUGAUAAGAAAAAUGACUACUGGAUUGGACUGAACUCUUUCGAUGUUGAGAGUGGGUGGCAGUGGAUUGGUGAUCGUCCUUUCAGAUAUUUAAACUGGGCUCCAGGUAGCCCAUCUCCAGAAACAGAAAAGAUCUGUGGAUCAAUACAGUCUAAUAAUGGCAAAUGGCAGAAUAAAAAGUGUCAAGAUAACCUUGGGUACAUUUGCAAGAGAGAAAAUUUUUCAUUAGAUACUUCUGUUAUUCCUCCAGAGAGCAGGUUGCCUUCUGCAAGUGUGGUGCCACAGAGUUCUGUCUUGGGCUUGGAUGAAGGAAUUGAGGGGAUGCUUAUCAAAGUUGCAGAUGAAAUCAAACUUCAUGCUAUCUUAAAUAUGGUUUUUCUCUUUUUAGGUAGGUCAAAGCCUAUUAAAUGUUCAGAUGGCUGGGCUGCAUAUGAAGGCCACUGUUACCGCCGUUACAGACACCUCAAGACGUGGCAGCAGGCACUAUCAUCCUGUCGAAAGGAAGAUGGAGACUUAAUAAGCAUACACAACAUUGAAGAACACAGCUUCAUCAUUUCUCAGCUAGGCUACCAGCCGGAGGAUAGUCUAUGGAUAGGACUGAAUGACCGGAAGACUCAGAUGUAUUUUGAAUGGAGUGAUGGAUCUACAGUGAGACUCACCAAGUGGCAGAAAGGAAAGCCCACACACAUAAAUGAUGUGCAAAACGACUGCGUAUUCAUGAAUGGGGAGAAUGGAUACUGGGCAGAUAAUUUUUGUGAAGAGGAACUUGGUUACAUCUGUAAAAGAGCACCUUUGGCAAUUCUUUCUGAAGAACCUGAAACUGCUGAUCCAAAUUGCACAAAAGGCUGGAGAAGGCAUGGUUACUAUUGUUACUUAAUUGAACAAACAUCUAGAACUUUUUCAGAGGCAAAGACAUCAUGUGCAGCAAAUCAGGGAUCUUUGACUUCUGUGGAAAACAGAUAUGAACAGGCCUUCCUGACUAGUCUAGUUGGACUUCGUUCUGAAAAAUAUUUCUGGAUCGGCCUUUCAGAUGUAGAGCAACCAGGGACAUUCAACUGGACAAAUGGAGACAGUGUUCUGUUCACCCACUGGAAUUCAAGAAUGCCUGGGCGACAACCCGGCUGUGUUGCCAUGAGAACUGGGACUGCAGCUGGAUUGUGGGAUGUUGUGAACUGUGAGGAGAAGGCAGCCUUCAUCUGCAAACAGUGGGCUGAAGGUGUGACAACAACUCCUGCCCCCAAACCAACUCCUCUGCCUGCAUGUCCAAAUGAAUGGCAUCCAAGCAAUACUAGACAUGUGUGUUUUAAGGCCUAUUAUAAAGAAAAAAAGAGCAGGAAAUCUUGGUUUGAAGCGCAAGAUUUUUGUAGAGAAAUUGGAGGAGACCUAGCUUCUAUUCACAGUGAAAACGAAAAAGGUGUUAUAACGGAAUUAAUUAGGAAAACAACUGGCCAUUAUUGGAUUGGUUUCAGUGAGUUGGCCCCCGAUAAAGGAUUUACUUGGAGUGAUGGAUCUCCUGUAGACUUUGAAUGGGAUUUUCAUCUUCGUGAUCGUCACAAUGAAGACACAGGAUGCAGAGCCCUGUAUUCCUCUGUUGGGCGGGUGGAUUCUGACUGGUGUGAAUAUUUCAAGAAUUGGGUUUGCCAAAUAAAGAGAGGUGCAACAGUGAAAAAAGAUCCACUGGUUGGUUUUGAAUAUACAUUUUCAAGAGUUGAAAAUGGCUGGAUUUUGCAUAAUGGCAGCGAGUACUAUUUCAGCAAUGCGAGUUCAUCUGCAGAAAGAGCAUGGGAAUUCUGCAAGAAGCAAAGUGCAGAUCUCGUGGUCAUUGAAAGUGAAAGCGAAAGACAGUUUUUGUGGAAAUACAAUCAGCUUUAUCGACAUUUUAAUAACCAUUAUAUUGGUUUAACUGUGGAUUUUGAUAAAAGUUACAGCUGGUUGAAUGGAACUCCAGUUACCUAUGAAGCCUGGGCACCCAAUGAACCCAACUUUUCAAACGAGGAUGAAAAUUGUGUCGUCAUGUAUUAUAACACAGGCUUAUGGAACGACAUAAACUGUGGUGCUGCGAACAGAUUCAUAUGCGAAAGGGAUACGAGUUCUGUCCAUUCAGCUCCUGUUCCCACAAUACCUGCACCUGUUGGGGGCUGUGCGGAUGGCUGGCUUUUCUUUGAUAAAAAGUGCUUCAAACUAUUAGGUUUGAAUGAAGAAGAGAGGAAAGACUGGCACAAAGCACGACAUGAUUGCAAAGAAUCCGGAGGAAAUCUGGCUAGCAUACCAAACAAAGAAACACAAGCAUUCCUUAUGGUGCAAUUACAAAGUGCUGCAAUUGAUCCUUGGAUUGGACUGAAUGAUUGUAGUACUAAUUACAAAUUUGUAUGGACAAGUGGAAGUGGAGUCUACUUUACAAACUGGGCCAGAAGAUUUCCCAGUUACAAAGGAGACUGUGUUUUUAUAAUGAAUGAGCCUCUACUGCAGGCAGGAAGGUGGAGAAAUGGACCGUGUUCUGACAGGAAAAGCUACAUCUGCCAAAGAAACACCGACCCUGCAUUAUCGCAGCCUGAAACAAUGGCUCCAGCCUCUCGCCAUAUCCCUUUUGGGAAUAGCAGCUACUCUUUCAUUGGUCCCAAAAUGACUUGGGAAGAGGCCAGGAAAAAAUGUAAUUCAGAACACUCAGAGCUUGCCAGCAUUUGGAAUCCCUACAUUCAAUCAUUCCUAUGGCUGUGGGCAUUGAAAUAUGGAGAGCCUGUAUGGAUUGGUCUAAAUAGCAAUAUGACUGGUGGGCGCUACACGUGGAUAAACAACCGGAAACUGGCAUAUACUAAUUGGGCACCUGAAGAACCAAAGCAGAAAACAGCCUGUGUCUACUUAGACCAUGAUGGGCACUGGAAAACAGGAGCUUGCAAUGAAACCUACUUUUCUGCCUGUGCGCAGUAUAAUGGUACAAUCCCAACUGAGGAACCACAACUGCCAGGAAGAUGCCCUGCAUCAAAAGAAGAUGGGAAAGCUUGGAUACCUUUUCGGGCUCAUUGCUAUCAAUUCUACUCUGGUUGGUAUAAUUGGCCAAGAGCUCUCUUCGAAUGCGCUCAGUUAGGUGCCACCUUGACUUCGGUAGCAGAUUUAGCUGAACUGCAUUUUUUGAUGGUUCACACUUUUCAUUUAUCUAUGGAUGAGUAUUGGAUUGGAAUGUACAGAAAUUACGAUGGAGAAUGGCUGUGGCAAGAUAAUACUGCACUGGAUUUUGUCAAUUGGGACAAUGAAAAGCCCACACCUGAUCCUAAGUCACAACGUUUUCAAAAUGAGAAAUGCGUUUUCAUAAACAGCCAAAAUGGGAAGUGGUUCAGAGAAUACUGCGCCCAUAGCAAAGGAUAUAUAUGUAAAAUAAACAAAAUUAUUGAAGAGGUGACAGCUCCUUCAAAAGUGCCUGAGCAAGAAGACAGUCUGGCAUCAACACAUGGCAGAGUUCUGAAGGCGUUUCUCCUAGUUAUCUUCCUCCUCCUCAUUGGUGUGGGUGUAGCAGUCUGUGUUUUCUACAAAAGAAGAGGCAGACGACAAGAAAUCACUGGUAGCAUUGACAACCCUAUGUAUCACGACACAGUAGUCAUUCUUCCAAAUAAAGAGUCAGAAAUGGGUGAGGAUGAAAAAGAGGCAGAAUAACAAAUGUGUAACUCUAUACACAUUUCCCUGGGAGUAAGUCACAUUGAGCUCACUGGACCAUUGUAGGAAAUUAAUUGUUCCAAGCUGCAAUAUGUAGUGGUACUUCCUGUGACGAGACUCAUGAUGCCACAAUGUAAACAUGAUUAUUACUUAGUGAAAACAAAUGUUAUAUGAAAUAUUUUCAAAUUAAAGAUUACUUGACUUGAAAAACUAAGUGUGAAGACUCCUAUCUUACUUCAGAGCCCCAGUCAGUC